CAGACGCAACACCUUGUACGAACCACCUUCAAACCACAGCACUCGGGCAUGUGCGUGAGUCCAGAGCAACAGGCGGCGGGGACAAGCCCUCCGCCCGUCCAGGGCAAUAAUGCCCCGCUUGCCGUCGACGACAAUGCCGCUGCCCAAGAUGACGAUGCUGACUCUGCAUUCGGAGGGGAUAAUGUCAGCGACACAACCUCGAUGGGAUCUAGCAUCCUUGCUUAUCGGCAGGAAAACGGCAGGACGUAUCACGCUUAUAAGGAUGGUGUCUACGUUCUUCCGAAUGACGAGACCGAAAAUGAACGCCUAGAUCUCCAGCAUAACUUGCUGCUAUUCACGUUUGAUGGAAAUCUUCACUGUGCCCCAGCUGACAGGCCCUUCAACCGUGUCCUUGACGCUGGUUGCGGGACUGGUAUCUGGUCCAUUGAUUACGCCGACGAGCAUCCAGAAAGUCAAGUAACCGGGGUUGAUCUUAGCCCUAUUCAACCAUCAUUUGUUCCCCCCAAUGUCAACUUUUACGUUGAUGAUCUUGAGGAUGAUUGGACCUUCAGCAGCAAAUUCGACUUCAUCUUCUCGCGCUUCAUGACUGGGUCCAUCCGAAACUGGUCCAGGUACUUGAAGCAAUGCUAUGACAAUUUGGAACCUGGUGGGACGCUCGAGCUUAUGGAUAUCAUAUAUCCUCUCCAAUCCGAUGAUGGUACGCUCAAGGAAGAGCAUCCUGCGUACCAGUGGUCGGUGCUACUCCAGGAAGGAUUUGCCGGUGGUGGCCAUCCACUGAACACUGCCCUCUACUACAAGGACUGGCUCAAAGAUGCGGGGUUCGUUGAUAUAGUCGAAGUGAAAGAGAAGUGGCCUUGCAGCGCUUGGGCCAGAGACCCCAAGUAUAAGCAAAUCGGCAUGUGGGCGCAUGAGAAUGGCGUACAAGCCCUGGAACCCCUCAGCCUUGCCAUAUUUACGAGGCCCAGAGAGGCAGGCGGGCUGGGUUGGAGUAUCGAAGAGUUACAACUUCUGCUGGCUGGAGUCAGAAAGGACUUUAAGAACCUGGGCAUCCAUAUGUACUGGCCUAUAUACUCUGUGUAUGCCAAGAAGCCCGAGUAA